GUAAUUAUAGCGAUCAUAAUAAAAACGCUCGCGGGUAGCGUAAGAUGCAUACAUAACUUGUUCAAGACUGAAGAGAGAAAGAGAGACAAGACAAGACAAUAAAGAUCCGGAUCCGGAUCCGGUAACCCGAACAUGCCAAACGGGUGGAUCAAAUCAUUGCAAUGCAAAUCAAAAGCGUUCGAUGAUGUCUACAAUUUCAACAAUAAAUCACUAAUGUCGUCGUCAAGUUACAAUUGUAGUCGAAAGAGCUCACAUUGCGUCAAAUACGUGAUCGAUACCCGAUUCGGUAAGAAAAACCCGAAACCCGACCCGAAUUUAAGGCGUUUGAAGUCUUGUCGAACCGAAACAGAGCUUCUUAACCCGCAAACCCGAACCCGACGAAGCAAAUCUGCUCGAACGUCAGAUGCACUGACCGAGCUGCCCGAUGGUCACCCGUCAAGAAACGUAGUGGAGAUUAUAUUCCAGUCUAGCUGGAGCUCCGACGAGUUUCCGGGUCGGAUCGAGAUGAUUUUCAAAGUUGAAAACGGGUCGAGGACUGUGACCCGGUUCGAGGAGUACAGAGAGAUUGUGAAGUCACGUGCGGGUUUAAACGAGGGCACGUGUGAAGAAGAGGACGCACGGUGUUUGGCUGAUGGUAACGAGAUGAUGAGGUUUUAUCCGGUUCUUGAUGGGUUUAACGGUGGCGCGUGGGUUUUCGCCGGCGGGAAAGGUCAGGCGGUGUGUACGUUUUCGGGUAGUGGUGAAGCGUACGUGAGUGGCGGAAGUGGCGGAGGGAGGAAGGCGAUGAUGAUUUGUCGGGUGAUAGCGGGUCGGGUUGAUGAUAGAAUCGGGUUCGGGUCGGACUCGGUAGCUGGUCGUGACGGCGAGUUGUUUGUCUUUGAUACACGUGCGGUGUUGCCUUGUUUCCUAAUCAUUUUCAGAUUGUGAGAUAAUAAAAUUUAUAUAUAGUUUUUGUUUAUAGACCUUGAAUUUUUGUUG